GCAACUUUGGCAGAAUUUGUUGUCGACGUGGGAAGGGAGGGACUCGGACACAAACAAAUGUCCGUAGAUUUAAUAUUGGGCAACAUUAUAGCCAACUGUGACAUGUCAGGAAGAUUUUAUAGACAACUCAAUGACCUGUGAAACAUGUGGCUCAAACCCGAAGAGAUUUUGCUGAAAAAUGCUUUCAAAUUAUGGGUCACCGAGAAGGAUAACGAGUACUUCAUUCUGCAGCGGAGGCGAGGGUAUGGAGAAGGCGGCGGAGGGCUGACAGGGCUCCUUGUGGGGACUUUGGACACGGUGUUGGACUCAACAUCUAAAGUUGCCCCGUAUCGCAUUCUGCAUCACACACCAGACUCCCAGAUCUAUUGGUCCAUAGCAUGUGGGGUGACCAAAGAGGAAAUCGUUCAACACUGGGAAUGGCUACAGCAAAACAUCAUGAGGACACUGUCGGUUUUUGACUCAAGUGAAGACAUCACCAGCUUUGUGCAGGGCAAGAUUAGAGGUCUGAUUGCUGAGGAGGGCAAAUCGUCUCUGGUUCUUGAGGAUGAUCCAGAGAAGUUUCGAGAGGCUCUUUUGAGGUUUGAGAAGUGGUUUGAGUUGCCUCCAGAGGAAAAGUUGGUGACUUAUUACUCAUGCAGCAACUGGAAAGGCAAAGUGCCUUGCCAGGGCUGGCUCUACCUCAGCACCAACUUCCUCUGCUUCUAUUCAUACCUGCUGGGAGCAGAGGUGAAGCUGGUCAUUUCUUGGGAUGAGAUAUGGCGGCUGGAGAAAACUUCAAAUGUAUUUCUGACCGAAAGUAUCCAUGUUUUGGCUCAUGGUGAGGAUCACUACUUCUCAAUGCUGCUGCACCUCAAUGAGACAUUUGUAAUCAUGGAACAACUGGCAGACUACUCCAUUAAGCGUUUGUUUGACAAAGAGGCUUUCCAAAAGGAGCCAAUGCUCCACGACCCCCUGCAGAUUACAAAGAGAGGCCUAGAAGCACAUGCAAAGAGUGAACAGUUUCGGACAUUUUUUAGGCUUCCUAAAGAAGAAAACUUAUUAGAAGUCCAUGAAAGCUUUCUCUGGGUCCCCUUUAGCCAUUUUAACACACUUGGCAAGAUAUGUCUUUCUGAAAACUACCUUUGUUUUGCCAGUCAGGAUGGAAGCCAGUGCCAUGUCAUCAUCCCAAUGCGUGAGGUUGUUAAUGUUGAGAAGUCAGACUCUGGCAGCAGGGCUUUGACUGUGUGUGUGCGCGGGAAGAGGGCAUUGCGCUUCUCUGAGGUGCGCGACUACCAGCGCCUCGCCAACUCCAUACGCAGCAGAUGUGGGAUUAGUGCCAGUCCUCUGCACUCCGCUUCAUCUGAGGCCAUCCGAGGUGAAUGUCAGUCACUCAUCAACCAUUUUGAGGAUAACCCAGAGGAUGUUACCCUGAUGGUGGGGCAGAAAGGCAGCGCCAAGGCCGUAAGCACUGAGGCCCUCAUGACAGUGUUCCACCCACAAGACAUGGAAAACCUUGAUCCCAAAAUGCUUAAAGAGAAGAUGAAGGAACAAUCUUGGAACAUACACUUCUCUGAAUAUGGCCGUGGUACAAGUAUGUUUUUCACAAAGAAGACUCGAGAUCUGAUAGUGCGUGGCGUCCCUGAAGCUCUGAGAGGAGAGCUGUGGAUGCUUUUCUCAGGAGCUGUGAAUGACAUGGCUACUCACCCCGGGUAUUACACUGAGCUGGUGGAGCAGUCUCUGGGCACAAGCACAUUGGCCACAGAUGAGAUUGAGAGAGAUCUGCACCGCUCUCUGCCGGAGCACCCGGCUUUUCAGAGCGACACUGGAAUCUCAGCUCUGCGCAGAGUCCUCACUGCCUAUGCCUACAGGAACCCCAAAAUUGGCUACUGUCAGGCUAUGAACAUUCUCACUUCAGUGCUGCUUCUUUAUGCAAAAGAAGAAGAGGCUUUCUGGCUUUUAGUGGCUGUUUGUGAAAGGAUGCUGCCUGAUUAUUUCAACCGCAGAAUUAUUGGUGCGUUGGUUGACCAAGCAGUGUUUGAAGACCUGAUUCGUGAGAACCUGCCACAGCUGGUUGAGCACAUGACCGACCUGAGCUUCUUCUCGUCCGUGUCCCUGUCCUGGUUCCUCACACUCUUCAUCAGCGUUCUGCCCAUCGAGAGCGCAGUCAAUGUGGUCGACUGCUUCUUCUAUGAUGGCAUCAAAGCGAUCCUGCAGCUCGGGUUGGCUGUGCUCGACUACAACAUGGACGCCCUGAUCAGCUGCCAUGAUGACGCAGAGGCUGUCACUAUUCUCAAUAGAUUCUUUGAUAGUGUGACUAACAAGGACAGUCCAUUGCCCCCAACUGUUCAGCAGGCUUCAUUGGGGACCAAUGACAAGGCAUCUCAUUUUGGUGUGGAUAUCAGCGAAUUGAUCCGGGAAGCCUAUGAGAAAUAUGGACAUCUCCGUUCUGAAGAAGUUGAAAGCUCUAGGAAAAGAAAUAAACUUUAUGUCAUACAGACAUUGGAGGAUACAACCAAGCAGAAUGUUAUUCGGGUGGUAUCGCAGGAGGUCAGAUUUACUGCCUCUCAGCUUGAUGAACUUUAUUAUUUAUUUAAAAGGCAGCACUUCCUGAGCUGUUACUGGACCAUGAACAGUCCAGCCCUGCUCCACCAUGACCCGAGCCUGGCCUAUCUGGAGCAGUAUCAGCUGGGUUUCCAGCAGUUUAGCACACUCUUCUUCCUUCUGGAGCCAUGGGCUUUUUGCCCAGUUAAAAGCACUCUGUCCCUGUGGGUCUUCCGCCUCAUCGACGAGAAUCAAGAUGGCCUCAUUAACUUUAAAGAGUUCUGCUGUGCCCUUGAUACAUUGUACGGUGGAUCCUUCACAAACAAGCUGAAGUUUCUAUUCAAGCUGCAUCUCCCUCCAGCUUACACAGGAAGCCCUUUGCACGCACAGAAACAAAGAAUGCAUCACUUCUCUCUCUCUGAAGACUCUCCUCAUAGGAAUAUACACACUGCUUUUGAACUUCCUGAAGAUGGUGUGAUUAAGAAAAGCCCUGAAAGAGGUCGAGGAAAAGUGGACCUGCAGGCUUAUUUGAAACAAUGGCAAAAUGAAAUACUCAAGAAAGAAGAAACAAUUAAAGAUCUGCCAAGGAUCAACCAGGCUCAAUUCAUCCAGUUCUCCAAGACGCUGUACAAUAUUUUUCACGGCGACCCAGAGGAGGAGUCCUUGUACCGUGCUGUAGCUCACGUAACCAGUCUCCUGUUGAGGAUGGAGGAAGUCGGACGUAAACUACAGGAGCCCACCAGCCCCCCACCCUCCUCCAAAGCUGCCCCUACCUCCACAGAGGCCUCUCCUGCUGACGACAACACCACCUCCCCUGACAGUACAGACACUAGCAGCUCUCAUACUAGCCAGGACACACCAGGCUCUGAGCAGUCUGAAGUGGAGUGGUCCUUUUCAUUUGAGCAGGUCAUAGCGUCACUGUUAAAUGAGCCCGCCAUUGUCAGCUUCUUCGAAAGGCAUGUGGACAUUAACAUAAAACUGGGACAGGCCAAAGCUGCUCAGCUGAAGCUGAAGAUUCAAAAAUGACAGCUGCAUGAAUUUACUUUAUAAUUUCUUGAGGCAGAUUGUUGUCAUUUAAAUAUUUUAAAGGGGCCGUGUAAUAUCCAAAUGUGGGUUGCACUUUGUAAGUGUUGAAUUUGGAUCAGCUGGACUGCAUUGCUGUGGUGAUGUGAGGUUACAUACGUCAUUCAUUGACCAACUGUGCAUUUCCACUGUCAUUGCUGAUAAUUUUGUCUCUUUAUUUUUGCACAACAUUUCGGAUGCAUUUAUAAUCCUGCUGAUAAGUUUCAAUUUCUUCAAGCAGGCUCUAUAUCAAAAUAAGAGUAUAGUUUUGUAUUGUGUAAUAAACAUACAGUUUAUUUGUCUGCAUUUAAACACACAAGAAAAUAAUUCCAUAGGAGUCUCUAA